GUGGUAGAAGGUGGAAAGGGAGAGGCCCGAAGGUGCAGGAGAGGCAAGGAGAGACUCCUGCCCAGCGUGGACCUGUGCGUCGUUGCAUGGCCGACCUGGAGACUCGCUCUCCGCAAGGUGAGACGCGCGGACCGAAGAGGAGGCCUCGAAAGAUCGGCUGGAAUUCUCGUGAAAGCCGCCUCUUCCUUUCUCGUGUGUUGUUCAACGCGUGCGUUCUUUCUCUCGGCGUGGAACCGUAGAAUCGCGAGUGAUCCGUGAAACAACGGGAACGUCGUUGUUGACCGUUGUCGUUUCGUCGAUCGUGGGUGGACACCGGAGCGGAGAACUCGUCCUCCAGCGAGAGCAACCCGGUCGUUUUCAGCUAAGAAAGUAUAGAGGCAGCUAGCGGACGGAGAAAGAUCUCGGGUGCAUUGUCAGCUGGAAACAGGUUGGCCGAAGCGGUGACGAUAAACUUUGGGAUUUUAUGUGUACGAAGGAACGACGAAGGAAUUCGUUUCUGUACUGUGCUCGGAGAAUUCGAGACGGUCGGAGCCGGGUUCGUGGAAGCGAUGCCAAACCGACGCAGAGCGCGCCGUCAGCGUGUUUGACAGUGAUAACGCGCGCGCGCGCGCGCGUGCACCUCUUAUCAGACGCGUAAACUCGAUCUCGCGUGCCACCUCGAUCAGUUGAUCUCACGGACGCGCCCGUCCCGAGACGUCUGCUAGCUUUUCUCGCCUCGUCACCAAACCAGUGCCUCGCGUGUGACUCUCCGCGUGUUCCUCUUCGGGCCUGACCACUUAUCGUCGAACACUGUCGACCGAUAUUUCCCGUGCCAGCGGACCACGUGGACGCGACAUUUCCACGGGGCAACGUUGUUCGCGUGAAAGUGCGACAGCGAUCGAUGGAACGGAUGCUAUGAAUGUUUCGUGCGCGGCGACGAAAAGUUCGGAGACACGUUUACCCGUUUUAAAAGUGAACGUUCGUUUCCUUGAAGUUUCGAACGUGCAGCCUGCCGAAUGCCUUGCCUUGGAUAUUUCAUUGGCCGAAUGAUCGCUUCUAAAUCGAUGUGAAGGCUCAUGGGAAGAAUCAUGCAAGGAACACGGUGAACAGACAGCUAUGGCAGCAGCGGAAACGCAUCUUCAGGGUUCUUCCGAUCUUCUGCUUGCUCGUGACAGUCGAAGGGAGCACGAAGAAGCGGGAAUCAUUGUCGAGAUCACCUUGGCAAGGUCCAUGGGUUCUAGAAGGGCAUGAGAGCUCAUCAUGUUCGAACACCGACACGGCCCACGAACGCUGUCGACCUGCAACCUCUUCGGCGUGACAUUUCUUCUACUGAUCGUCGCCGGUAGCUACGAUGUGUCAGCGGACCUCAACUCCGAGUUUGUCAAAGGGAAAAUUUGUAUCGGAACCAAUGGCCGCCUCUCCGUUCCGUCCAACAAGCAACAUCACUACCGGAAUCUUCGAGACCGGUACACCAACUGUACUUAUGUCGACGGCAACCUGGAGAUCACAUGGCUCCAGAACGAGACAUUCGACCUCAGUUUCCUCCAGUACAUUCGCGAAGUCACCGGCUACGUGCUCAUCAGCCACGUGGACGUCAAAAAGAUCGUUCUGCCGCGAUUGCAGAUCAUACGCGGCAGAACGCUUUUCAAGCUCAACAUCCACGACGAUGAGUUCGCUUUGUUCGUUACGAUGUGUCAGAUGCAGAACCUGGAGAUGCCGGCCCUCAGGGAUAUCCUCAACGGCAGCGUGGGCAUGUACAACAACUACAACCUGUGCCACAUCCGCACGAUCAACUGGGACGAAAUAAUCACCAGCCAAACAGCCACGUACAUUUACGUGUACAAUUUCACAUCGCCGGAACGCGUUUGCCCGCCCUGCGAUAAGAGCUGCGAGCAAGGCUGCUGGGGCGAGGGGCCCGAGAAUUGUCAGAAAUAUUCCAAGACGAACUGUUCACCGCAAUGUUGGCAGGGCAGGUGCUUCGGACCCAAUCCACGGGAGUGUUGCCAUCUUUUUUGCGCCGGCGGCUGUACGGGGCCGAAACAGAGCGACUGUAUCGCAUGUAAAAACUUCUUCGACGACGGUGUGUGCACGCAGGAAUGCCCGCCCAUGCAAAAGUACAAUCCAACGACGUACUCGUGGGAGGCUAAUCCCGACGGGAAGUAUGCGUAUGGUGCAACCUGCGUGAGAAGGUGUCCCGAACACCUUCUGAAAGACAACGGUGCUUGCGUAAGAUCCUGUCCGCCGAAGAAGAAAGCUUUGAACGGGGAAUGCGUACCUUGCGACGGUCCUUGCCCGAAAACUUGCAAGGGCGUCGAGAAGGUUCAUUCGGGCAACAUCGACAGCUUCAAGGAUUGCACUAUCAUCGAGGGUUCGAUCACCAUCUUGGAUCAAAGCUUUCAAGGUUUCCAGCACGUCUAUCCGAACUUUAGUUUCGGUAAACGGUACGAGAAAAUGCAUCCCGAUAAGUUGGAGGUGUUCAGCACGUUGAAGGAGAUCACCGGGUUCCUGAACAUCCAAGGGGACCACAAGGACUUCAAGAACUUGUCGUACUUUAGGAACUUGGAAGUGAUAGGCGGAAGAACACUGACCGAGUAUUUUGCAUCGUUGUAUAUCGUGAAAACGUCGUUGGUCUCGUUCGGACUGAGCUCUCUGAAGAAAAUCUAUUCUGGAUCGAUAGCCAUUUUGGAGAACAAGAAUUUGUGUUACGCUCAGAGCAUCAAUUGGACUAGAAUCAAAAAAUCGUCGGAACAUGAGAGUCUGCUGUCGAAUAAUCGGAAUGAAAGCGAAUGCAUCAAAGAUGGUUUGGUAUGCGACGAGCAAUGUUCCGAGGAGGGUUGCUGGGGUCCCGGACCCGCUCAGUGUCUAUCCUGCAAGAACUUCAUUCUGGGGAACGAUUGUCUUCAAGAUUGCACGGCGCCAGGAAUCUACCAGGCGGACGAGAAGACCUGCAAGCUGUGCCACGAAGAGUGCGACGGUUCUUGCACCGGGCCAAACGCGGAACAUUGCACGAAAUGCAAACACGCGCGAGACGGUCCGUUCUGCGUGCCAGAAUGUCCGUCCUCGAAGUAUAACGACAAUGGCCAGUGCAAAGAUUGUCACGAGAACUGCGUGGGUGGCUGCGAGGGACCUGAAAACAACAUUGGCCCUAAUGGAUGCCACAGCUGCGAUAAGGCGAUCAUGAACGGCCAUGUACCUGAAGGAUGUCUGCAAAAAAGGGAACCCUGUCCUGACGGACAUUACUACGAAUGGGUGAGUCCUCAAGAACAAGGAGCCCUGAAACCUCUGGCGGGAAAGGCCGUUUGCCGAGAGUGCCACCCGCGUUGCAAGAAAUGCACCGGAUACGGUUUCCACGAGCAUGUGUGUCAGGAAUGCACAAAAUAUAAGAAGGGCGAACAGUGCGAGGACGAGUGUCCUGCGGAUCAUUUCGCGGACGCUGAUACGCAACGUUGCAUACCGUGUUUCAGCGAAUGUCGAGGGUGCUUUGGACCCGGACCCAAUCAGUGCUACAAAUGUCGAAACUACAAGAUCUAUAUUGAUGAAGACAUCGACGGAAACACGACGACCUUCAACUGUACGGAAACAUGCCCUCCAGAAUAUCCUCACAAGAUCUUCCCACCGGACAGCGAGCCAUACUGUUCCUUAGAAACCGCCGGUCUCGGUUUCGCGAUGGAGAACGAACUUCAGCCAGCGAUAUUAGCAGGUGUGGCGGUGUUCGCGUUGGUGUUCCUCGUUGUGGCAGCCGUCAUCAUGUACUUCUGGCGAGUACGAGCGAAGGCAAAGGAGAACACGGUGAAGAUGACAAUGGCACUGACUGGUUUGGAUGACAACGAGCCUCUUCGACCAACGGGUGUGAAGCCGAAUCUAGCUAAAUUGCGUAUCAUCAAGGAGGAAGAGAUGAGGAAAGGUGGAAUCCUUGGUUACGGUGCUUUUGGAAACGUGUAUAAAGGUGUCUGGGUACCGGAAGGCGAGAAUGUGAAGAUACCAGUAGCUAUAAAGGUCCUGCACGAUGGUACAGGAGCGAACACCUCGAAGGAGUUUCUGGACGAAGCGUACAUCAUGGCCAGUGUGGAACAUCCUAACUUGCUUCAGUUGUUGGCUGUUUGCAUGACGUCGCAGAUGAUGCUCGUCACUCAGCUGAUGCCUCUGGGUUGUCUGCUCGACUUCGUGCGCAGGUACAAGGACAAAAUCGGAUCGAAGGCGUUGUUGAAUUGGUGUACCCAGAUCGCCAAAGGAAUGGCCUACUUGGAGGAGAGGAGGCUGGUCCAUCGCGAUCUCGCUGCUCGAAACGUUCUCGUGCAGACGCCUAACUGCGUCAAGAUUACGGACUUCGGUUUGGCUAAGCUUCUGGACAUCAACGAGGAACAGUACAAGGCUGCCGGUGGCAAAAUGCCGAUCAAAUGGCUUGCUCUGGAGUGCAUCCAGCAUCGGGUGUUCACUCACAAGUCGGACGUUUGGGCAUUCGGGGUCACUAUUUGGGAAGUUCUCACGUACGGCGGUAGGCCGUACGAGAAUGUGCCUGCCCGAAACGUGCCGGAAUUGUUGGAGAAGGGCGAAAGGUUACCUCAACCCCCCAUCUGCACGAUCGAUGUCUACAUGAUCAUGAUCAAGUGUUGGAUGUUGGACGCUGAGUCCAGGCCCAGCUUCAAGGAGCUAGCGGAGGAUUUCGCGAAGAUGUCCAGAGACCCUGGCCGGUACCUCGCUAUCAAGGGUGACAAGUACAUGAGACUACCUUCGUAUACACUGCAGGACGAAAAAGAGAUGAUUCGAAAUCUGGCUUCGGCUAUGGACGGACCGGAAGCUCUAGUAGACGCGGACGAGUAUCUCCAACCGAAAUCUAGAGCACCUAUUCCCCCGGGACUUUCAGCAUCCAGUACUUCCGGCUCUCCGCCGAACACCCCCGUGAAGACUUGUUGGCCAAACGGGAAACCAUUGGCCGCCGAUUCCCCGACGCCUCAGAACCAACAAAACUGGGACAGGGAGCUGUUGAGGUACGGCACCAACCACAGGAACGGGAACACAUCACACGAGCCAGGAAAUUCUGGACAACAUCCUCAUUACGCGCCUCCGAAUGGUCACUGUGGACACGUCGUGGGCUCGGACACUUCAAGUUCGAGAUACUGUUCGGAUCCUUUGAAGAUGAUCGGUGUCAGAGAUUGCGAUGUGACGGAUGACUGCUUUGAUGGCGAAGUGAACUCCGCGCAUCAGCAAGCUCAAGUAGGUAACCUGAAGCUAGACUUGCCAUUAGACGAAGACGAUUAUCUGAUGCCAUCACCGCAAUUGCCAACGAACACCACGCAGUACAUGGAUCUCAUAGGAGACUCGAAACCUACGGAAAUGGAACCAAAGCGAGUCAACAACGGUUACCGGAAGUAUCCCGAGUUUCUGACCAUCCAAGGUAAAACGUCGCUGGAUAAUCCCGAGUACAUAAUGUCGCAGGACGAAGGACCAUUAACCCCGCAGACCAUAGGGAUUCCAACGCCAGAUCUGGAGAAAGUUUUAACGAACGGAACAUUCGGAUCCCAGGUGAGACAAAGGAGUUCCGAGGAAGAAUCUGACCACGAAUACUACAACGACUUCGAUCGCCUGGAACGGGAGCUGCAGCCGCUGAAACCACUUAGGAAGAAUGAAACGACCGUUUGAUUUCGAGAUUCCUGAUAAAUAAGGACAGUUCUUUGUUCCGUGUUAGAAUCAGAGUAGCCGAUAUCUGAGUGUAAUCGAGAGUCGAUCUCGAACGCGUGUAAAAAUCGAUGUGAACACGGACGAAUUCAGCUUCUCAUUCCGAGGAAAUUAUCCUUCAGUGUACUUAGAAAGGACACUUCGGUGACAAGUGCCGCGUUUGAUUGUGAUUAGACGUAAGACGCGUGAACUGUGCUAAUUCCUUAGCGAGUUUGACUGUCGCAACGGAAAAGUGUGUAUCACACAAACAUAAAUUGUCGAUGCGCGUGCGUACAAUGAACAAGUAGUGCAAAAAUAAUCUUAAUGUGCCAUUUACCGUGGCUUGUAAAUAAAAGGUAUUACCUACCACUCCGUUAGGUCUACUAAACAAAGUUUAAGGAACGACGUGCAGUAAAUGGCAUAGACAAUUGUUUUCUCUUUUACUCACAUCUUUAAUCUUCGACUCACACAGACUAUCUUGGUCCAUCGUGUUUCUCUAAUAUUUUAAUUCCUCUUAAAAUCAUUCCAAAAUGUGGACCAAUCUUGUCCUUCCAAAGGACAAAAUUAAAAACACUAAUUGCAACUUUCUUUGUCUUCUAAAAUCGUUUUUGUAACGUUACUUCGCUCGGAUUGAGAUUCCUGUUUUACGAAUCACGAGAUGUGAACAAUCUGUACACGGGGCUUUUCGAAAAAGAUGAAAGAUCUGAUUGAAAUUUUAGAUGCCCCGGGUGCGAACAUUUGUGCGGUUCGCCCUUGACUGUGAUAAAAAAAACGUUCUACUACUUCUCGAGAACACUUGAACAUCUCAAUCGUGUAUCGAUCCUUUUUCAGAUUUCUUCUUGUACCGCAGUAAGCUACGACAGUACACUGGUGAGCUGGGCUUCCCUAGGGAAAAUGAUUCGCUUCUACACGUUUACUGCAGCUGAAACUCCGUCAAAAAUUAAAUUUUCAAAUGCUCAAAUUUGGAAAUCACUCAAAUUAUAGAUUUUUAAAUUUGGAAAUCCAGAAGUCUAGAAAUUUGGAAAUUCUCAAAAGAAUUUGAAAGUUCACUUUAGAAAAAUAAAGGUUAAGAAACAUAGAAACCCAGAAACUUACAUAAAUGUAAAAAUGUGGAAAUUUGGGAAUCCAGAAAAACUAAAAAAUUUCCAGAUUUAUAAAUUUGAUUCAAAAUUGAAUCAAACUGGUGUAAUGCUUUCCCCCUAACUUGUGUUCACCCAAAAGAAGCUUACAUUGCACCCAUGUGUACAGAGAAACGAAAGGUCCUAAUUUACUGUUGAAAUUUUCCGAGUGGAAACAGUAGAAACAACCAUGGUCCAUGGGACAAAGCAGCAGAACAAAAUGUGCACGAAUGCUUUCCCAGGACUCGUCUCGCAAUUCUACUUAAACGUUACGCUGUCCUUAAUAUAUACGUUUUCUUCUUUCUUUUACUUGAUAUGCCAUCGCAUUUCGUUACAUGGGACCAAUGAAAUUGGCCUCGGCCGAAGCGCACGGAAGUAUCUCGAUUUUUUAAUGUAGAAACGCGUCUGUACAUAGAUUAGUGGUUAGCGUAAGAGACAUUCUACGAACGUAGAGAACGGAAAGUACUUGAAAAUAAACUAAGUAAAUCGGCUUCUAAUAUGGGCGGAUACAGAACAAAAUGGGCGCAGCGGCGGUACACAAAUUACAAUACCGAUUACGCUGCGUCUCGCGUAAUCAUAGGAUUAGGACGUGCCAUGUUUGUGUGUACAGGGAAACGCGCGAAACAACGAACACAUUUCGCACGGGAACGUAUCCUGUUCGUGUUCACCGAGAAAAGAAAUAUGGAUCCUCCCAGGCAUUGUAUUCGAUUGAAUGUAAAGAUAUGCAGAAGCGUGUGCGAGAUCGACGAACUCGUUCGUGGCGGGAAUUUUUAUUUUGUCGACUUCAAAUGGAACUUUUAUGUAGCAUGGACUUCUGUGAUAGAACGAGAACAAAUGUAAAAGAAAAGAAAAUGAACUUGUAUCAUAAUUCGAUCUCGUCACACGCGGAAUGCAUCGUCUUAAUGUUUUACGACGAUAAGCCAAUACGUAUCGUGUACAUUACGUUAAGCGUUAUGAAUUACGUUGAUCGAUUUAUUUUCUGUAAUAUAUCGUUGAUCGGAUUGCAGAAUCGUGUACCGUGAAUUACGUGUUUUACGUCCAUCUCGAAAAAGAAAUCUUUCCAUUUUCCUAUCUCCCUUCCGUUUCUUUUUUUUAAUAAUCAAGUGUAAAUCUAACAGAGAUGUACGAAUCGAAAAUUGUACAAUACGUUCGAUCGCCGGGAUAAAAUAGCUACGAGGAAUUACAUUUGCCAUUCGGUUGUGGACAUAGAACUUAUAAAACUUUAUAAUAUCAUUGUAUAUCGUAAAAAAAUUAUUGUAAUAAAGAACCAUCAUCAUUCUUA